AUGUCGACAAACAAUCAGACAAGCACAGAGCUGCAUGGCUCAGGCUUCAUCGCUGAGCUUGAAAUCGUUUCUUCACAGAAUGGAUCCGAGACAACACUGCAGGGCACAGAUACCUCCGAGCACGAGGCAGUGCGUAACAAUCAAUCAUCGUAUCGCUUUCGUCGACUAGCUUCCAAAACAAUUGUAUCGUUUGGGCCUGAUGAUCCGGAAAACCCUCACAACUGGAGCAAGGGCAAAAAACUGUUUGUUGUCUGUUCCGGCGUGAUGCAGGUGCUAAACAGCACCAUUACUUCAUCUUUACCUAGCGGUGCCACCGACUACAUAGCGAAAGACUUCCACAUCACCAACCAGGAGAGACUCGUUCUUCCAAUUUCGCUCUUCCUUAUUGGUUAUGUACUUGGACCUUUGCUAUACGGGCCUUUAUCAGAGCAGUAUGGCCGUCGAUACCCGCUACUCAUUGGCUAUUUCCUAUUCAACAUAUUCGUAAUGGCUUGCGCUCUUGCCCCUUCGUUUAACGCCUUGUUGGUAUUCAGACUCUUGAAUGGAAUGGCAGCUAGUGCUCCAAUUGCCAUUAUCACUGGCACUUUCUCGGAUGUUUUUGAUGAUCCAACCCAGCGCGGAAGAACAAUGGCUUGGUACAUGGCUAGCACCUCCGUCGGUCCCAUUAUAUCGCCAUUCAUGUCCGGAUUUAUAUCGACCAUUAGCUGGCGCUGGGCGUUCUGGCUCGGCCUCAUUAUCGUCGGUGCCUCUUGCCCACUCGUUUUAUUCUAUCCAGAAACCUACGGCCCUGUCUUGCUCCAGCGCCGUGCCAAAAUGCUCCGUAAGGAGACGGGUAACACUAGUAUUGUGGCUCCUUUGGACUUGACUCCCCAUGAUCUUCGAGCUACGCUGACGGUGACGCUUGCUCGACCAUUUCGUAUGAUCGUAAAGGAGUACAUGGUGUCCUUGACUUGUUUGUACCUGUCUCUGGCAUAUGCUAUCUUUUACCUCUAUUUUCAGGCAUAUCCCCUAAUCUUCCAAGGAAUUUACGGCAUGAGCACGGGUAUUGCAGGCUUAACCUAUCUACCAAUCGGAAUCGGAUGCUUCCUAGCCUGCGCAAUUUUCAUCUGGUACGACGGCUUCUUAGCUCGCGCCAAAGCUCGAGGAGCCUCAUGGGCCAACAACGAAGACUACCGAAGAUUACCCCUGGCAUGUGUCGGCGGUCCGCUAUACGUUGUGGCGCUUUUCUGGCUCGGAUGGACCGCAUCACCCAAUAUUCACUGGGCCGUACCCAUGUCGUCCGGCAUAGCGUUCGGACUCGCCUACGAACUCAUCUUCAUGGCCAUGCUGAAUUAUCUCUCUGACGCAUACCAGAUAUAUGCAGCUAGUGCGCAGUCAGCGGCGAGCUGCUGUCGUAGCAUUUUUGGUGCUGUUUUGCCGCUCGCUGCGCAACCCAUGUUCUCUGCGGUGGGCAUCGACUGGGGGUGCAGUAUUAUUGCAUUUGCCAGUUUGGGCGUAUCGAUUAUCCCGUUUGCGUUCAUCUAUUUUGGGGAUAGGAUUAGAAAUGGCAGUAAGCUGCAGAGGCAUUUGCAACUCCUCAAGGAAGAGGAGGAGCGAGCUUGGGCGCAAGUAGCCGCCUCUGGCAAUGGCAAUACGACUGUGGAAACUGAGCGUGCAGAGAAGAGAGCGGAGGUAAUGAUCAAAACCAGUGCAGAUACUGAUGUUGAGAAACAAGCUGGAAGUGUUUUAACAUCAUCGAAGUCAGCACAUUCACAUUCAGCGCAUGCAUCGAGCUGA